UAUCACUAGAGCUGUGGUAACGUGAAGGGCCGGUUUAGAGGCAGUAAAGAUUGGUGAUGCGGCGCCUGCCGUGUUAAUCGGGAUCACAAGGCCGAUGAGUGAAUAUGGGAGCUGGAGCAAUAAUUGACGACCACGAGGGCGUUAUUUAGAAGACAGCAUGAAAAGGAACAAGGAGCUGGAGAAACAGAUACAUAGAUCUGGCUGCUGCGAGUGCGCGUGCUCGUGCGGCAAGAGGAGCCAGGAGCCGCCCGCGCUCUUCGUGGACGACGACUUCCCCGCGCGCUGGCACGUGCUAUGCCACCACGCCGCCGCCGCUGCCUGGCUGCGUCCACACGAGCUGUGCGCCGAGCCACGCCUCGUGAAGGACGGCUGUAGUAGGUUUGCUGUCCAGCAAGGCUACAUCGGCGACUGUUGGUUCAUGGCAGCCUGCGCUGCUGUGGCGGAAUGCGAUCAUAUCCUCCAGCAGGUGAUUCCCGAGGGCCAGGUGCUGUUCGGGCCGGGCUACGACGGGUCGGUGCGCUUCCGCCUGUGGCACCUGGGCGAGUGGGUGGAGGUACGCGUGGACGACCGCCUGCCCGUCGACGCACACGGGGUGCCCGUGUACGCGCGCUGUCAGCACAAGGACGAGUUCUGGCUGCCCCUGCUCGAGAAGGCCUUCGCCAAAUUUCAUAAACACUUUGGCGUGAUCGAAGGUGGAUGGCUCUCAGAAGGCCCGAUAAAUCUGACAGGAUACUCAAUGCAGGUUUUGAAGAUGGAGCACUGGAACGUAUGGAACACUGAUGAAAAUUUCCUGAGGCUCAAACAUGCAUUUGAUAAUGGACAUCUUAUUGUAUGCGCCAAAUACCAAUCCGGGGCAGGUCUUCCGGCUCCCCAUGCGUACACUGUUACCAAAGUGUAUCAACGAGAUCCCCAGAAAGGAGAAGAUGUACUGCAGCUGAUCCGCGUACGAAACCCGUGGGGAUCGCACGAUAAAUGGAAUGGAGGGCCUUGGAAAGAUGGUGAUGAACGAUGGGCAAAACUCAGUAAAGAAGAGAAAGAAAUUAUCGAAUAUAAUCCACAGGACAAUGGCGAAUUCUGGAUGAGUAUGGAGGACUUCAAAAACAAUUUUGAAGAAGUCGUGAUAGGUACACAGCAGCCCGUGGGGGCAGAAGAAAUGAAAGUGGUCGGGCAGAUUACAGGUUGUUGGAGCAAGGAUCAAGAGGUAGGGGGUGACCAUACCGAAAUAGAAACAUUUGCCAAAAAUCCUCAGUUCUCCUUAGUUUCUUUAGGCUGUGAUGCGGAAGCUGGCCACGUUGAGAACCCAAUGGAAGGUAUGGAGGCGAUUGUCGAGUUGGUGAGAGGCCACCGACGAAAGAAUUCUCAAGAUUGGAUGAACAUUGCUUUUUACGUAUUUGAGGGGAGCGGCGAGCAGCGCCUGUCGGCGGAGCAGCUGCGCGCCCUGGAGCGCGUGGAGGGCUCGACGAAGCUGAUGCGCGAGGUGGCGGUGAGCGCGCGCCUUCGCCUGCGGCCUGGCCGGCGCUACGUCGUCAUCCCGGCCACGGAGCGCGCGGGCCAGGAGGGCCACUUCCUGCUGCGCGUCUUCUCCCGCUGCGCGCGCGUGCGCCUCUCCCAGCUGCCGCCCGCGCCUACGCCCGCCCCACAACCAACAACCGCGACGUGAACAACGCCACUUCUCUCUCAAUACACACACACAAGCUUUUCUCUUAAGCUCUUCUCCAUAUAUAUAUAUAUAUAUAUCUUACGCACACUUACAAAUAAAAAUGUACGCUCAUCGUGUCAUAAAAUGAUGUAUUGAUGUAUGACAG